CCAUGGCAGGCAAUAAGGAGAAGGCACCUACCCAGAUGAACCAAUGGAAGGAGGCUCGGGGGUCUCAGAAACCAAGCGUGCUGACCACAGGCGCGGGCCACCCUGUAGGAGAUAAGCUGAAUCUAUUGACCGCCGGCCCCCGGGGGCCACUGUUAGUGCAGGAUGUGGUGUUCAUGGAUGAGAUGGCGCACUUCGACCGAGAGAGGAUCCCGGAAAGAGUGGUCCAUGCGAAAGGAGCAGGGGCUUUUGGCUAUUUUGAGGUCACUCAUGACAUCACACAGUACUGCAAGGCCAACGUGUUUGGGAAGGUUGGGAAGAGAACUCCCGUGGCCGCUCGCUUCUCCACCGUCGCGGGAGAAGCCGGCUCCCCAGACACCAUCAGGGACCCUCGAGGAUUUGCAGUGAAGAUGUACACGGAGGAGGGGAACUGGGACCUAACGGGUAACAACACCCCGAUCUUCUUCAUCCGCGAUGCCAUAUUAUUCCCAUCCUUUGUGCACUCUCAGAAGAGGAACCCCCAGACUCAUAUGAAGGACCCAGAUAUGGUGUGGGAUUUCUGGUCCCUGCGCCCCGAGUCUCUCCAUCAGGUUUCCUUCCUGUUUUCAGACCGCGGGAUUCCGGACGGCCACCGGCACAUGAAUGGUUACGGCUCCCACACUUUCAAGCUUGUCAACUGCAAGGAUGAAGCUGUAUACUGUAAAUUCCACUUCAAGACUGACCAAGGGAUCCGGAACCUUACAGUGGAAAAAGCAGAGCAACUGGCUGCCAGUGACCCCGACUAUGGGAUCCGUGACCUGUACGAGGCCAUUGCUGCUGGCAACUACCCCUCCUGGACUUUCUAUAUCCAGAUCAUGACAUUCGAGCAAGCAGAGAAAUUCCCUUUCAAUCCAUUUGAUGUGACUAAAGUCUGGCCACACGGAGACUACCCACUCAUACCUGUGGGCAAAAUGGUGCUGAGCCGAAACCCAACAAAUUACUUUGCUGAAGUGGAACAGUUGGCUUUUGACCCAAGUAACAUGCCCCCUGGAAUUGAACCCAGCCCAGAUAAGAUGCUGCAGGGGAGACUAUUUUCCUACCCUGACACCCACAGACAUCGCCUGGGGGCAAAUUAUUUGCAGCUGCCUGUCAAUUGCCCAUACAAAGCGCGAGUGGCUAACUACCAGCGGGAUGGGCCCAUGUGCUUCACCGAUAACCAGGGUGGGGCCCCAAAUUAUUAUCCCAACAGCUUCUCUGCUCCGGAGCAGCAGCCCCAGUUUAGGGAGCACAGAUUCCGGGUUUCGGCAGACGUUGAGCGUUACAACAGCGCCAAUGAUGACAAUGUCACCCAGGUGCGUGAAUUUUAUCUGAAAGUGCUGAACGAGGAAGAGCGCCAGCGUCUAUGUGAGAAUAUUGUCGGGCACCUGAAGGAGUGUCAGCUGUUCAUUCAGAAGAGAACGGUGAAAAACUUCAGUGACGUCCACCCAGACUAUGGCUCCCGUAUCCAGGCUCUGCUGGACAAGCACAAUGCCAAGUGCCCAAAGAAGGAAUCCGUCGGACCCAAUACCCAGCAUUCAUCUUACCUGACCUCCAAGGAGAAGUCCAACCUGUAGCCUCUCCGCUUCAUUAACCCUACGCCUGCCGCUCAGCUCCACUCGGGAGGUUCCUAACAUGGAUUUUUUUUCUUUUUACCAUUUCUUUAAUCUUUCAGCUUGGGCCUAAAUCUUGCUGUCUCUAUUUCUGUUGCACAAAAAUAAAGCUUUUGCAAUUUUUUCAGUA